AUGUCUGGUCAAACUCCCGCCUGGAAGAAAUUGGGCUUGAAGCUCAAGCAGCCUUCUGAUGCAUCUGAGCCCAGCUUUGGGCACCCAACCAGCAGUACAAGCACAAGCAUCCAGUCAAGUACAAAGAGAAAAUUCGACGCCCCGCCACCUUCCAAUUCCUCUCAGGUUGCUAAGCGACCACGUCAGGAUGAAGCCACAACAAGUUGGAAUGCACCGGGACAGUUAAAGAGGCAGAAGUCAGUCACCUUUGCCGAUUCACCAUCCAACAACCACUCUACCAGGACACCAUCAAGACCCAUUAAACAGAGCAAGGCCAAGAGCAAAGGCCCCGCAAAGAAGCCUCAACCCCAGGUCCCUACUGAUCUCAAGCCUGCGCUUGAAUACUUGAGGCUCUGGAAGACAGCUCGCGAUAGCUGGAAGUUCAACAAAAACCACCAAUCAAACCUCAUCAAGCACGUUUUCGAUGCCGAUGGAAUCCCCGCCUCUGACAUUGAAACCUUCUACGACUACAUCCAAGACUUGAAGGGCUUUGUCAGGAUGCGGCUGCUGGAGAAUGCUCGCGAGGUUAGGGAUCAGGACCAAUCGGAUGGAGCAAAGGUGUUCCCUGAGGGAACCAAAGACCUUGAGGCUACUCAAAAACGAUAUGAGGAGGUUCUUGCUAAAAUUCUUGAAAAUCACCCAGUGGGAACUAAGAGAAAGGGCUUCACCGAGGUCGAUUACCUCUCGGACUCAGAAGAGGAGGAUGUCAUCAUUCGCCGACUUGUGAAGCGCAUGAGAGCUGAACUUGUCAUUGACGAACUCUCCGAUGGCGAAGACACUGUGGCCAGCAUCGCAUCAUCACAGACCAUCACUGCAAGCGAUAACAACGUCACAUCAACUCCAGAUGCAGAGAAGACUGUGAAGAUCACCGACGGCGUUGCCGGAAAACGUCGACGAAAGCUCCGUGUGAAUGUCGAAGACAGCGAUUCCAGCAGUUCCGAGUCGGACUCGGACUCUGAUUCAGAUAGUAACUCCGAAACCAGCAGCAGCGGGAGCUCAUCAUCGUCUGAGGACGAAUCCGAGAAUGAGGCCCCGGCACGAGCUUAUCGACAGCCCGGCGAGGAAGAUUCAAGCGAUUCCUCGUCUUCCUCGGAUGAGUCGAGCUCUGACGACAGUUCGAGUGAGGAUGAAUCGGACUCUGAGUGA